GAUGCGGGGCUGGGGCAAUUUCAGACUCCCGUAGCUUUGCGGCCGGGAGUCAUCUCGAGGUCUGCUCUUCUUACCUUGAGUGCUCUCAGGCCUCGAACAUGAACACUAAGAAGAAUCUUCUUGGAGUGUUAUACAAAUCCAAUUCUGAGAAAAGAGACACAUCUCUGCGGAGAAGCAGUGUUCAGACUCUGGAACAGGGGACAUCACAGCCCUCUCUGAUGGUGGCAUCCCAGCCUUCAUUGGGGACAUCGCAAUCCUCUCAGGUGACGUCGUCGCAGCAGCCCUCUCGGGUGUCGUCGUCGCAGUUCUCCCAGGUGACGGUGCCUCAGCCUUCUCAGCUGUUGUGGCCAGACCCCUCUCUGGUGCUGGUAUCACAGUUCUCCCGUAAGUCAGUGCUGCUGUCCUCUCAGGUGGUGACACUGAAGCUUGCCCGGAGAAGAGUGCCUCAGUCCUCCCAGGUGUUGGCAUCCCUGCCUUCCCAAGGGACCUCCCGUGUGAGCGCUUCCACGGCUCCGCCGCCCGCUCCUCCUCCCCCCACACCCACUGCUCCGGCUCAGCCCUGCUACCGUCGCCUGUCUACCUUAUCGAGCUGGAGCCACCGCCAGUUGAAGCAGAGCUCGUCUCUCCUUUGCGAGCACAGCACAAACGCGGAGACAGUUCCGUUCCACCUGCCCCGGGCGACGGUGGCUGCUGAGUCGGCAGGCGGAGCAGAGGGGCCACGCAGCACCACCAUGCCCCUACCGCCCAUCCAGCCUCACGCUGCUGCGGCCUCUGGCCCCGCCACCACCCGUGCACCACCUAAGAGUCAGGUGGCUCCGAAGAAUCGAGCACCGCCACCCAGGGAGAGGAAUCCGCGCAGGACGCCUCAGGCGGGGACCGGCCCCUUGCCUAACUCUCGCCUUUGCGCCUCCCUGCAGCAGCAGCUACAGCCACAUCCACCGCAGCAGCCACAGAGGUCGAACCCGACCCGUACCCGCGGCCGCUCUGUCAAGAACCCAGGUGCUGCGGCGAGGAGGGAGCCGAAGGCAGCAGUCCCAGCGAAGCAGUACAACAUCAAGCUCACGGCCGACGCGACCAGACUGCUGCUGCGACGCCAUCUGGAGAAAGAGUGGGGGUUCAAGAAUCCCAUCGACGACACCGGGCUACUGCCGGGUUCCCGCAGCAUGGCCGGCCUAAACCUGACCUCGAUCAUGAAGAUCUCCCUGCUUAACGAGCAGAAUCGCUACGAUGACGAGGAGUACGAGGAGGAUCCGGCGCCGGGGGUCGUGGAUCAGGAGCUGGUGCGCAGGUGCACAGAGUGGCUGCGUGGGGUGGAGGAAGCGAAGAGAGAGAACAAGCUGGAAACCCUGCCCCACCUGUACGGCCCCUGAGACAGAAGGGCGGAGAACCAUUUCGCCGCCGCUCCUCGCGGCAAUACCCGAGGCUGCCCGUCUGCUGUGCCUGGAAGCGGAGUUCAUGCAUCCACUCCGACAGCUGGUCAUGUGACCGACCCAUCCCGCUCCACACAUUCGUAUCUGAAGACAUGUUCAGAAAAGGGUCCGUUCUACAUAGAAAGGAGGAGGUGGGGGGAGAAA